AACCACUUCGGACGGGGCACAAGGCAAGUGGCGUGUGAACAAGUGUGUUCACGACUGCCAGAGCACCAGCGGAUGAUGUUAUUGGAAAUAUCCCCAGCGAUAUUUUACAUAUUUUACUUUUCUUCCGAAAAUUCGGGUGAAAGACCGGGUCCAAUUUGUCUUAGACUUUAAUCGACAUUAAAAAUGCCUUUUCCACCGAUUACCCUGCAUCCGCGGAUCUCUUCCCCAGGGAAGGAACUGUUCAGGAAAAAGAAAACCAACAUUGUACCUCCACAGUCUGUGCUCAGUGGUGGAAAGAAUAAGGAAGAGAAAGACUCUGAAAAGGAUAAGUUGUCUACCUCUUGGCCAACGGCUAACCUUAGGCAGUUGGGGAGAAUGCCACAGCAACAGAAGAGCAAACUUCCUAUUCAAAGACCGGCUAUCGACCUGGGGGCAGAGGGAAAACACUCAUGGUUGGCAUUGCCUCCUCCUCUGACCAGCUCGUACGACAGCGUGCCUCGGUCCAGCUCGGGUGAGUCGGCCACUCAGAAGAGCAGCAAGCAUUCGUCACGGAGCUCCCUGGCCAAGGAGGAGACCGAGGAGGAAAUACACUUUACCCUGAGCCUCACUCCCGAGGCGAUUCUGGUGAUCCAGAAGCGCAACUUGGAGAAACAGAUGAUGGCCAAGCAGCAAAAGUGCUGCGGCUCCGCCGAGUACAGACACCGGCGAGCGUUCCCCUCCAAACGCGCGCAAGGAGUCUCCAAGUCCAACGUGCCUGUUGCCAAACUGGAGAACCCAGAAGAUAUCCGCACGAUUGUAAAAAUCUCCUUACUAAACGACCAGUACAAAUAUGACGACGUGGAGUAUGAAGAAGAGGACGGCGACGUGGAUGAGACGGUGGUCAGAAAAUGCAAGGAGUGGCUCAAGGGAGUUGAAAGUGCUGCUGCCUUUGGGAAAGUGGACAAACUAGCGACUUUACCGCACCUGAAAAGCUGCUAAUAAGUUAACGACUGUAGAUUUGCACCUCAUAACACCCGAACUGGAAAAAAGAUCACUGGUUUGUUCAGACACUGCUCACGAGCAAAUAGUCAGGUUUAUUUUGCAACCACUUUGUCACGAAACCAGCGGAAUGUUUUCUGUAAAGCAAUUGUGAACUGAGAUUGCUACCUGUGGUUGUCAUUCAGAACAAAGCAGGUAAUUUUCAUCACCCUGGCUACUAAUGAACGCUUGUUAUUUGCACAUAGCAUUUUUGUUUAGUGAGAGCCACCCUCUCAUUGUAAGACCUGUGGUUAUUUUCAUGAUAUGGGUAUUUUAAUACAAGAUUGUCUCUCUGGGAAAUGUCGACAUCAACAGGAGAAUUCCACUGGUUCCAUUACUUCCCGUAAAGGGACCAUCCCUUUGUAUCCGCUGAACAAAAGAUCAGAAAGACACAGACCGCAUUUGAGCGACUUUGGUCAGACGAAAAAAUGACUGUUAAUCACCGAAUUGUAUGUUGUUUUAGAUACACAAAUAAAAUGGUGUUACAAAACGAAACGUGUAUUUAUCGUGAAACAAGCCUUGUACAGUAUUUAUUAUGCAAUUUAGAAAAUGUUAUUUGUUUGCACACGUGUUUUCGUUGAAUUUUUAAACUGUUUAUAUGCAAUAAACGUGUAAAAUAUA